GUUGAACUGAACUGAACUUAUUAGAGCUGAACUGAAUUGAAUUGAAAAUAAUCAUAUAAGAAUAGACCCUUAGCCUUUCUUAAAAUUAAGAUUUCUCAAUCAAAUUAGUCAAACGAUGUUCAGGCAAUAAUGCAAAAAAUGAUUUAAAAUGGCUAUUUUUCUAUGUUACUUACCGUGUUAUAUGGUGUUAGAAAAUUUUAAACAAUAAAGUAUUACAAAGUCAAAGUAGUAUAAUGGAGAACUUAUUAGUAUAUGGAUAGAAUCAUAGAAUAUUUCACAAUUGCGUUUUGGCAUUAAUAAUAAUACAUUACGUUUAAUAAGCUGUCUUUAAUAUUUAAUGUUAAUGGCUUGUGAACCAUAACUAUCUUUCUCAAUAAAUUAUAAAAUGUACCUUAAAACAUAUCCUAUGAUCCAUUGCAACCUGCUUUGAAACUAAAGAGAGGGAUCAAGGAUGAAUGGUAAAACUGUUGUGGCUAGCAUAAUUGUUGGAAUUUUAGGGUUGAUAUCAACAGGCGUGGGUCUUACUUUCGCGGUCUUGCCUUUUAAGAACCAGAUUCGUCUGCUUUACUUCAGAUGUACAAACGAUUUAUGUGUAGUGCAUGAAUGCCUAUACUUUCGAAGUCCAAUGUUUUAUAUGAUCGUUGCUGCAAUAGUUUGCCUAAUAGUGGCACUAAUCUUAAUUAGCAUUUCAGCUGAUUGUGGUUGUGGCAGAGCAACUAAUUCAUCCUCUACUUCAAGAGCAUUAGCAAUUCUUGCUUUUGUCUGCUGUUGGUUGACAUGUAUACCAGCAAUUAUCUUAUUCCUUUAUGCUGGAGCCACACAUUAUGGAAUACGGAUCUCUAAGAACGGAGGGAGUAUAUCGUUCAGUGAUGCUUCAUCAAAUAUUGGUGGUUUUUACCGAAGUUGCUUCAAGGUAAACCGUGGAGUAUUUGGUGCAGCAGCUGCAUUGUCAUUUGGCGGUAUUGCCCUUGGAAUCAUAAGUUACAUAACUUUAGUUUCUGAAGAUCACAGAAUCAGAAGAACAAAUCAAGCUAGAAGGGGUUCUACAAAUGAGCUUCAAUAAAUUAUCUCUUUAUCUAACUAGAGUCCCAAGUGAGAUUGAAGCUUAAUGUAUGAUGUUAUUAUUGUUAAUAAUUGUGGUGUAUAUGUUAUUUUUUACAUUUUGAUUUGAAGCAUCAAUUUUGAGAGCAAGUUUGUGUACAAAUUUAUUAGUUAAUUAAUAUAAUUUAUGCGUAACAUACCAUAUUACCAUAUAGUCAAAGUUAAACCUUCUAAAACAAAUGAAACAAUA